AUGUCCAUUAACCACAGUAGGAAGGCGGAGUUGGAGGCCAAGAAGGCCCGUUUGGAGGAGUUAAGAAAACAGAGGCUUGAGAGGACGGGAAAAACAAGCUCAAUCCCUGUUGCCUCUCAAAGCAUAAGUUCUGUUGACGUUUUGGUAGACAAAAUACUUCAGGAUAGGACCCAAGAUUCUAAUGAAAAAAGUCGACCAAGUCAGCCUUAUAAGGAAGCUUCCACACAAGUUGAUAACCUCCCAGAGCAACUUGAAAUCAAGCAUGAUAUCCCUGUUGUAGAGGAGAGAAUUAUCUUUAAUAAAUCAGUCCAGACGGAGGACAUUGAUUGGGAGGUGUCUGAGAAUGGCUAUUUCCAUAGAGGUCAAGGUCCACAGCAGGGCCAACAUUUACAGCAAAACAAUUCUGAAUCUCCACAAUUACUGGUACCAUCAGAUCAGAUAUCUGACCCUGAAAUUGAAGAAGAACGUCCGUUCGAUCCUAAACUGACAGAAGAAACAGAAGAGGAUGACCCGUUGGUAUCUAGUCUCGCCAACUCUCUAAGAAUUGCAGAAGAAACGCUACAAAAGAAGUCAAAUAAAGACAAAAGUUCCGCUGAAAAUGAUGAAUUAGUUCAAAAAUUACAAUCUCACGACCUGAUUGUUGAUUUAGAGCUUUUCGAUCAAGAACUGACCGAAUCUAGAUCAAUCUUAUCAAUAAAUUGGUCACCACACAAUCCAGCAUUAAUCGCAGUGUCCUAUGCACCGGCAUCAAAUUCAAUCAACUCCCAAGGAAUGGUCAUUCUUUGGAAUAUAAAGUCCGCCAACGCGCCAGAGACUAUUUUGAAGUAUACAUCUCCUGUUUCCUGCGUCCAGUUUGCCAAGCACGCAUCCAAUAUCAUAAUAGGGGGAACUGUUGACGGAAGGCUUUGUAUAUGGGACUUGAAAAAUUUGGAUUUGUCUCAUUACCCAACACAAAUAUCGAUAAGCGACCCAUCAUCUGGAUUGUACACUGGUUCGAUCACACAGAUUGUGGAAAUUUCCAGUCGAAAGUCAUUCAAUACAACAGCAACCGAUGUGGUGACCGCUUCUGCGUCUGGGGUCAUCGCAACGUGGUCGAUACACAUGCUGUCUAGUCCGGCGUCAACUCCUAUCCGUUUAGUUGGCAAUAACUCAUCAUCAGUUCGUUCAAGCGAACCCAUACCAGCGUCUGCUAUGAUUUGCCUUCCAAGUGAUACAGGAUACUUGCUUGUAGGCUGUGAGGACGGUUUCAUUUAUCGAGUUAGAAGAUUUGAAUCCAUGGGAUUGAAAGCUGGGAUAGAAUCCCGUUUAAAAGCGCAUGGAAUAGGGCUAGUCACUUCGCUUUCUUUUCCUCAGCUCAAUAACUAUCCUCAUGAAACGAAUGAUUUCAGCAAAGUUUUUAUCAGUUCAGGGCUUGAUUUUUCGAUCAGACUUCAUCGAUUAACAGCACAUUCGAUCGAAGAUAAGGAUAUAGAUAGUUCGAUACUGCUGAUUCCUACCGAUUAUGUAAUUAUGGAUUUGGCAUUUAGGCCCGGUUUCCCUCUGCAGUUUGUUGCUGUAGGAAAUUCUGGCUCUGUUGAUCUUUAUGAUUUGUCAGAAAAGUCUGCUCUCCCUAUUGUAAACAUUUUCCCUUCUCAGCAAAAAGCUUCCAAGAAAGGUGACUACAUAAAGGAAACAUACGAUUCAUUCGAUGAACUUAGCGAUGUUUCCAUAGGGUUUAAUAGAGUUUCAUGGGAUUCUUCAGGUGCAUAUCUGGCUACAGCUGGGCUGGAUGGUAAAGUAUAUAUCCUGAAGUUUCAAAAUCAGCUGGCAAAAAUGGAUUCAGACUUUGACAUCGACCAUACGAGACAAGUCACAAAAUUGCAAGCAUUGAUAGCUGGAACUAUUGAUUUCUAG